UUCUAACAAAAGCCACACAUCGGCACUUAGCGAAGCCUAACGUUUGCGGAAUCCAUUUAAUGGUUUACAGAGGAUGUUUAUUGCUGGUAUUAAUUUUCAGUGACAGGAUGUGGCAUAUGAUCCAUUAGUUCUGAUCGAUUUCAGGAGAUCGAUUUCGUUUCCGUGACGCGCAGCGAUGCAGAUAAACAACAGGGGCCCUGUGGCCCCCUGGCUCAGGAACGUGGGCGUGACCAAAGCCAAUGUCAGACUUUCCACUAGAAAACUAAACUCCUAAGUCAGCUCAAUUAGCUGAUUCCGGAGGCGACGGCGUAAACCAACCAAUAUGUCGUUAUCUGUUUUGCGUGAUCCACAACCAGUGUCAGACGCUCAGGAAAACGGCGUGGACCCCAAAGAUUACGACUUCGCCCCCGAGGAUGUUUAUCUGCGAGACAGGCGAAGGGCUAAAUCUUUACCAGCUUACCCGGAGCAGGCGAGCCUGUUAAACGAGAUCUCUCAGAGCUGCAGAAAACGAGUGAAGUUUGCCGAUGCACUCGGCUUAAACCUGGCGAGCGUAAAGCACUUCAGCACCAACGAAGAUCCUGAGAUUCCCUCGAAGGUGUUCACCAGGCUACAAAGCUUCCCACCGCAACCGGACCGCGAACUUUUCGGCGAGCUGUGCGUCAACUUUAAAUCCACUCUGACAACGGACCGCUUCGUGCCCACGUUCAAGACGCCCGUGGAUUCCGCCGACUUCGAAGCGCGCGUAAAACGCUGUCAGGUUGCUUUGGAGAAAGUUACAGUCACUCAUUUUGAUGUGCGUGGACUGAUACGCGUGAUGUCUGCGGACAGUCGGAAGAAAGAAGUAGGAGUGAGAUACACAUUCAACGACUGGCUGUCUUUUGUAGAUGCGCAAGCGAUUCCGGUGUCAGCGGAGGACAUCGCUGGCGAGAGGUUCUCCUUCACAAUGUACACGCCUCCAUUUCUAGAACCGAGUUCAUCUGUCCAUUUUGCUGUGUACCUAAGGGCCGACCAUGGCGAAUCUUGGGAUAACAAUGACGGACGAAACUACACGCUGCUGUAUCGCUGUGUGCCUCCGUACGAGACACCAGCUUUCCACAAGACAUGAACGGAACCUGACGGGCGCUUUUACGCAAAUGGAACACGAAUGCGCGCAGAUCUUUUCCCUCCGGUUGUGUACCAAAGAUCUUCGUAAACCUGUGGGACAGAAAUCAUUUUAGAACUGACUGUUAUAUCAGAUUUUGAAUAAUUAUAAUAAUAUCAUCAGCUGGUGAGGAUCAGGAUGUUGCUGGUUGUUUCGUCUUAAACAAAUGGUGCUUGCCUUAGCAGUGAACAACUGUUAAAAAUGCUACAUUAGCGCAACUGCAGUUUCAUGCUUUCGCAAACCACAGGUUUGUAAAUGACAUGACCACUUGACAACUCAAAGUACACAGUCUUCACUUGCUGUCAAGCACAUAGUAGAGUUCAUACCGUUAUGGACUCUGGCCCACAGACAUCACAGCAGUGCCUCUGUGUAAUGUAAACACAUGCGCUACCUUGUUGAUACACGUUAGGUGCUCUUUCCCAGACAGACUAGUACAGUGGAUUUAUCCUACCUGUCUCAAGCAUCUCUGUGAAACCAUAAGCCAAUGACACAUUUUCAUUCCACAAAGUCAGCAUUUAAUAGUGAUUAAAUCAUGGAUUGUCAUAUGUGCCAUUAUACAUAGCCUGACACUCUUUUAGCAAAAUGGAUUGUCAAAGGUCAGUCUCAAGAAUAACACUAUGAACCACUGAGACCAAACAGCAGUUUAACAACCACAAAGUAAUUUGUUUUAUUUUGGAUGACUAUCACAUCUGACAAAGUAUAAUUAGAUAAUUCUCUAAGAAUUGUUAAAGGUUUAAAGGGUAGGAAAGCUUUCCAAAUAACACAUAAGUAUUAUAGAUUUCUGGUCAUGUUACUGGUUGUUUGUUGCUUGCUGUGUGCUUUAUCUGUCAUUGGAGGCACAUCAGUGAGACAGUAAAAAAUAACAGUGAUUCUAAUGUAACUUCCCACUGGUUUGUAACGACCAUGUAAUUCUUCUUAUCAUCAUAAAAAAGGUGCCAAAAAUAAACAGCUAUAAUGUGGAAGUGUUAAGGCAUGAAAGUCCAUUAGCAGAACAAACUUCCUGCUUAAACGCUGAUUUUCAGUGCUAUGCAGCACACCUGGCAGUUGGAACCAAUGCCAAGGGCUAGUCAUAAACAGGACCUCUGUUCAAAAGUCCCAACCAUUCUGAUGUCAGGUAGAUAAAAACAUAUACGAUGCAACUUAAAGUGACCUUUUUACCCUCAAAUGUGCAACGACACAUAUUCCAAAAAGGAGAAACAAAUUAUGGUGCAUGUAACAAAGCCUGAAGGUAGCCGCCCUACCUGGGACUUGAAACCCAGGGCUGACAGGAGGUAAACGUGAGCUCUGACCACCAGACCUAAGAGCCAGCUCCCCGGCAUAGCAGCCAGAGCACUGUUAACCUUGCUAAGUGAAGGUCUCCAUCACAGUGCAAUAUCUACAAAAAUGUUUUGGGGGAAAGCCCAUGUGAACACAUCCAGAGUAAGUUGGUUUCACGGAUACGGUAUGUUUAUAUAUGCGGAAAAUGAACAAGUCUGAUUAAAAAAAAAGGCUGUUACCUAUAGUGUAUGAGAAGCGCCUAAAAUAUCUCAACCUUAAGGCAAAACAAAAGUAUUUUAGGGCUUACUCAAAGUUAAGAAAAUUGAUUUUUUUUUGCUUUAUUGCUCAGGAGUUGUAGAACUAUAUAGAAGACAAUGUUUCAACUCCUCAUUUCAUAAGCUGUUUCAAAAGCUUCACUUUUCUCAGUUGUUUCACUUGUAUUUUAUGCAUUUGAUGUUUCACCACCAUAUAAUUUUGAAAAUUAAAAAUGUGAUUUGAAAAGGUAUGAGUGAACUACUGGGUGCAGAUUUCCUUCCAUAUGACUCAUUAUUUCUUCUCUCUAUCUGUAGGAAGUUGGCAGACAAAAAUCUGUUUCUAACCGAAACAAGACAUGAAUUAGGAAUAGAUUUUCAUAAAACAUCAUUUAGAUUACCAUGACUCAUAAGCAAUCAAUCAUUCACAUUGCUAUGACUCAUAAGCCAUCAUUCACAUUACUAUGACUCAUUUAAUAUUUGGAAGCUUUGUGUAGUCUUUGUCAAUGUUAAAAAAAAAAACCCACGAAGGACAUCUUUUCAAAAUAUUGUGUACACCUGAAUCUUGCUUUUCACAGGCAGUAUUACAUCUGCCAUUUGACAUCAGUCUCAGUCUCAACUCUAAGAGUAAUACCUCACUGAUGUUGUACAUCCCUCCUUUCUGUCCUGCUUUUUAAAUACUUUUUCGGAGUCAAGAUCAAACGAACUGAAGUGUCACAUCAAAAUAUUUCCAUGCUUUUUAAGAUUGGUUUACGUUGUGCACUCAAAUGAAGGGGACAGGACUAGAACAUGACCAAAGCUACCUCUCCUCUGAACCUGUGUGCAGCCCCUCAGACAUUGGGUAAUAUGAUCUUUAUACCUACACCUUCUACUCACUAGGUCAUCCCUACUUAAAAACUAACAGAGUAAUCUAUUUAUAACUCCCUAGCCUUGUGGGAUAUCUUUACCCAUUUGGACCUUCAGCACAGAUUAGUUGUUACAUGCUUCUGAAUUAUGAGUAGCUGUUUAAUUGUACCCCAUCAAGAAUUGUUUUGCAUGCAGUGGCUGAAGUGCACAUACCUUUAUUGAAACACACAAGCACACACAAAAAUAAUUUUAAACGGGUUUGUAAGAGUGGGUUACAAAAGUAGGCUGUGGGAUAAAUCGGUUCAGUGAAGGGAUGCAUGUCCGCACAUUACAAUGUGAACGUUAGGAGGCUGUAGAGGUGAGGGGUAAUCUGGGGACAGGAAGUCUACAAAUCAUGACAAUGAGUCAUCAAGGACACCAAACCUACACCCCAUCGCAGUCACCCAGCCUACAUCCUGGUGUAGGCAGUGUGAAAAUCAGGGGAAAUGCAGACAAGCUGGUUCCUCCCUGGCUCCCCCGAGCUGUGGAACCAUCGCCACACGUCGCUCUGUGAGCGUCCCCCACACCCUGUCAGACGAACUUC